GUUUUAUACUGUUUUUUUUCUUUUCUCAGUAAACCCUAACAAAAUCUCAUUUCCAAAAAGAGUACAGACAGGUAGCUGCUGCUGCAUGAAGAAGAAGUGAAGUGCUUCUUUCUCUGCAACAAGGAACUUUUGCCUGUAAUUGAUUUCAUUCUAACUAUCGCAGCUGGCAAGAAACUUCGUAAUCGACAUCCCCAGAGGGCUUGUCUUAGUGCAUGCCAAAUCUCAGUUCAGUUAACCCAAUGGCUGUUGCGGGGGAGAUUACAGUUGGGCAGUUCUUGCAGGGUUCACAGAGGCAAAAUAUUUUUUUGCAACAAAGUCUCCGUAAACGAAAAUGCCAGCUGCUUUGGGGUUCGUUACAAAAACAAAGCCCUUCAAAAGGGAUAAUCAAUAGAAGUCUUCUAUCAUCAUCAAGGACCCUGCCUCUUCUAAAGCCCAGAGCAGUGGUUUCAGGAAAUGUGGGCAGUUAUACGGAUGCAGACUCUGUUGAGACUGAACAGUCGAUUGACAAAGUCAUACAUUUUUUCCGGAUUCCAUUUCUCCAAGAGAGUGCAACUGCAGAGCUUCUUAAAUCAGUUCAGACAAAGAUCUCAAGUCAGAUCAUGGGUUUGAAAACUGAACAGUGCUUUAAUAUUGGAAUAAGUGCAGAGCUCUCAAAUGAAAAGCUGGAAGUGCUUAAAUGGCUUUUGGGAGAGACGUACGAGCCUCAAAGUUUAGGGAGUGAGAGUUUUCUUGAUAAGGAAAACCGGAAAAGUAUUUCUUCUAUGGUUGUCGAGGUUGGACCUCGUUUGUCUUUCACAACUGCAUGGUCUGCUAAUGCUGUAUCAAUUUGCAGAGCAUGUGGCUUGACGGAGGUUACCCGCUUGGAGAGGUCCAGACGGUACAUAUUAACUUUUGGUCCGGGAAGCAGUGGGCUAGAAGAGCAACAGGUUGCUGAGUUUGCUGCAAUCGUUCAUGAUAGAAUGACAGAGUGUAUCUAUCCUGAGAAGCUAAUAUCAUUCAAGACAAGUGUCAAGCCAGAGGAAGUUCAGUACAUCCAUGUUAUGGAGAGAGGACGGGAAGCUUUAGAAGAGAUUAAUGAGAAGAUGGGUUUAGCAUUUGAUGAGCAAGACUUACAGUACUACACUAGGCUUUUCAGGGAAGACAUAAAAAGAAAUCCAACAACCGUAGAACUCUUUGAUAUCGCGCAAUCCAACAGUGAGCAUAGUAGACACUGGUUUUUCAAUGGGAAUCUUGUUAUCGAUGGGAAACCCAUGAGUAGCACACUAUUCCAGAUUGUGAAGAGCACUUUGAAGGCUAACCCCAACAACUCUGUUAUUGGAUUCAAAGACAACUCAAGUGCGAUUAGAGGUUUCCUGGUGAACCAACUGCGCCCGACUCUGCCUGGUUUGACUUGUCCUUUGGACACAAGUGCUCGAGACCUUGAUAUUUUAUUUACUGCAGAAACCCACAACUUCCCAUGUGCUGUAGCACCGUAUCCUGGGGCUGAGACAGGGGCAGGAGGUAGGAUUAGAGAUACCCAUGCAACAGGAAGGGGUUCUUAUGUCGUGGCCUCCACUGCUGGUUAUUGUGUUGGAAAUCUUCACAUUGAAGGUUCAUAUGCUCCAUGGGAGGAUACGGCGUUCAAGUACCCAUCAAACUUGGCUUCGCCACUGCAGAUUCUUAUUGACGCAAGUAAUGGUGCAUCAGAUUAUGGGAACAAAUUUGGUGAGCCCAUGAUUCAGGGGUACACGAGAACCUUUGGUAUGAGACUUCCUAACGGGGAGAGGCGGGAAUGGUUAAAGCCAAUUAUGUUCAGUGCAGGUAUUGGGCAGAUUGAUCACACCCACAUAACUAAAGGAGAGCCUGAUAUUGGAAUGCUAGUUGUGAAGAUUGGGGGUCCAGCAUAUCGAAUUGGGAUGGGAGGUGGUGCUGCAUCUAGCAUGGUUAGUGGGCAAAAUGACGCGGACCUGGAUUUUAAUGCUGUACAACGAGGAGAUGCAGAGAUGGCACAGAAGUUGUACCGAGUUGUUCGUGCUUGUAUUGAGAUGGGGGAGAAAAACCCAAUUAUCAGUAUCCACGAUCAGGGUGCUGGUGGAAAUUGUAAUGUUGUAAAGGAAAUUAUCUACCCAAAGGGUGCCGAGAUUGAUAUCCGGGCAAUUGUUGUUGGUGACCAUACUAUGUCAGUUCUAGAGAUAUGGGGUGCUGAGUAUCAAGAGCAAGAUGCGAUACUGGUGAAGCCUGAAAGUCGUGAUUUAUUGCAAUCAAUUUGUAAAAGGGAAAGGGUGUCUAUGGCUGUUCUUGGAACUAUCAGUGGUGAAGGACGAGUGACACUAGUAGACAGCUUUGCUACAGAUAGGUGUCGUUCGCUUGGACUGCCUCCUCCCCCUCCUGCUGUGGAUCUUGAGUUAGAAAAGGUGCUUGGAGACAUGCCUCAGAAAUCCUUCGAGUUUACUAGGGUUGAUCCUAUAAGAGAGCCACUUGAUAUUGCCCCAGGGACGACGUUAAUGGAUUCAUUGAAGAGGGUAUUGCGACUUCCUUCUGUGUGUUCGAAACGUUUCUUGACAACAAAAGUUGACAGAUGUGUAACGGGUCUUGUAGCACAGCAGCAAACGGUUGGGCCGUUGCAACUUACUCUUGCUGAUGUUGCAGUCAUUGCUCAGUCAUAUACUGGGCAUACUGGUGGUGCAUGUGCUAUCGGGGAGCAACCAAUCAAGGGUUUGCUAGACCCAACUGCUAUGGCUAGAUUAGCUGUUGGGGAAGCACUUACAAAUCUUGUUUGGGCUAAGAUUACUUCUCUUUCUGAUGUUAAGGCUAGUGGGAACUGGAUGUAUGCGGCCAAGCUUGAUGGGGAAGGAGCAGCGAUGUUUGAUGCUGCUAACGCUCUGGCAGAAGCGAUGAUUGAACUUGGUAUAGCGAUAGACGGAGGAAAGGACAGUUUGUCCAUGGCUGCCCAUGCUUCUGACGAAGUCGUAAAGGCUCCUGGAAAUCUUGUCAUCAGUGUAUACACCACUUGCCCAGAUAUAACAUUGACAGUGACUCCGGAUUUGAAGCUUGCAGAUGAUGGUGUCCUGAUACACAUUGAUUUGGGCAAGGGAAAACGCCGGUUAGGAGGUUCCGCUCUUGCACAAGUGUUCGACCAAGUUGGUGAUGAGUGCCCUGACAUUGAUGAUGUUCCGCACCUCAAAAGAGCCUUCGGAGUUGUACAGGAGCUGCUUACAGAUGGAUUGAUAUCUGCAGGUCAUGAUAUUAGUGAUGGUGGUUUGAUUGUGUGUGUUCUUGAGAUGGCAUUUGCUGGAAACUGUGGGUUGCAUCUUGACUUGAAUUCACACGGUACGAGCCUCUUCCAAACUCUCUUUGCAGAAGAGCUUGGUCUUGUCCUUGAAGUUAGCAAGAAGAACUUGGAUACAGUUAGAGGAAGGCUUCGCGAGGCCCAUAUUACUGCUGAAGUCAUAGGGCAAGUAACUGGAUCACCCUUGAUAAAUCUAUCUGUAGAUGGGGUAACUCAGUUGGAACAAGAGACAUCCUACCUAAGGGACAUGUGGGAGGAAACUAGUUUUCAGCUUGAGGGGUUCCAAAGACUGGCUUCAUGUGUUGAGUUGGAAAAAACAGGAUUGAAAAGUAGGCAUGAACCUUCAUGGAAUUUAUCCUUCACUCCAGCUUUUACAGAUAAGAAAUGGCUGGCUGUGAAAUCUAAACCAAAGGUAGCUGUGAUCAGAGAAGAAGGGAGUAAUGGAGAUCGGGAAAUGUCUGCUGCAUUUUAUGCUUCUGGCUUUGAGCCUUGGGACAUCACUAUGUCGGACCUCCUUAGUGGAGCCAUCUCCCUUGAUGAGUUCCGGGGGAUUGUGUUCGUUGGAGGUUUCAGUUAUGCAGAUGUAUUGGACUCAGCUAAAGGUUGGUCAGCCUCUAUACGGUUUAAUCAACCUCUUUUAACCCAAUUCCAAGAGUUCUACAAUAGGCCUGACACGUUCAGCCUUGGAAUUUGCAAUGGAUGUCAACUCAUGGCCCUACUGGGAUGGGUUCCAGGAGCCCAAGUUGGUGGCGUCCUUGGUGAGGGUGGUGACCCAUCACAGCCGAGGUUCAUCCACAAUGAAUCAGGUCGAUUUGAAUGUCGUUUCACAAAUGUGACAAUUGGGGAUUCACCUGCAAUAAUGUUCAAAGGAAUGGAGGGUAGCACAUUGGGUGUGUGGGCUGCUCAUGGUGAGGGGAGAGCUUAUUUCCCUGAUGUCGGAAUUCAGAAUCAUGUCCUUAACUCUAACCUAGCGCCAGUGAGAUAUUGUGAUGAUAGUGGGAGGGUAACAGAGGUUUACCCUUUUAAUCCUAAUGGGUCUCCCUUGGGAGUGGCGGCAAUAUGUUCUAAAGAUGGAAGGCACCUUGCGAUGAUGCCUCAUCCAGAGCGAUGUUUCCUAAUGUGGCAGUAUCCGUGGUAUCCGAAGCACUGGGACGUGGAGAAGAAAGGCCCUAGCCCAUGGCUGCGAAUGUUUCAAAAUGCACGAGAGUGGUGCUCUUAAGACAGAUGGAUUGGUUGUUGUAUUAGGUGGAAUGAAGAAAAGGAUUCUCUCCGACUGUGGCUCGAAAUGAAAAUUUGGUUUGAGAUACAAUACAUAGUUGGCAUAUGAACUGUACGAUCUUAACGACAUGAAGUGAUUGAGAAGAACAACAAUUCACAGGGAAAAUCAUUAGCUUGUUCUAGAUGUUCAUUAUGUUGAUUUCCCCUUUCUUAAGUUCUAUGUCUUAUGUAGAGUACUCUGAAUCUUUUCUUCCGUGUUUUUUUAGUGAAGUUCAGAGAGGUUCUUAUGAUUAAUAAAAUGAUUCGAGUGGUUCUCUA